GACGACGAUGAUGAUGAUGAUGAUGAUGUCGACGAUAAUGAUGAUGAUGAUGACGACGAUGACAGUGAGGAUGCUGACAAGGACGACGACGACGAUAACGAUGUCGAUGACGAUGAUGAUGACGACGAUGAUGAUGAUGAUGAUGAUGAUGAUGAUGACGUCGACGAUGAUGAUGAUGAUGACGUCGACGAUAAUGAUGAUGAUGACGACGAUGACAGGGAUGAUGAUGACAACAAGGACAACGACGACGAUAAGGAUGACGACGACGAUGAUGAUGAUGAUGGUGAUGAUGAUGACGAUGGUGAUGACGAUGUUGAUGAUGAUGAUGAUGACGAUGAUGAUUAUGACUACAAUGACAACGAUGGUGAGGAUGACGAUGAUGACAACAGCGACGACGACGACGACGACGACGACGAUGAU